GUAAAUUAAUCAAUUAGAUUGACCCAAUUCGAAAUUUGAUCACUUUGGAGCUAUGCUUUCGUUGGGUUGGUGUGUUUUGGUGAUUUUAAUUCCGAAGUCGCUUCAACAAAUAAGCGAUGAAGGUGAUCAGCGUUCAGUUAUUAUUGAUUCCAAUGAUAAUGUUGAUAUUUCGAGUAUAGAUAACAUUCAACCCGUUACACCUUAUCCCAUUUAUCUAGUAAAUGAUGGUAUGCUACACGAAAAAGCGUUGCUUAGAGGUAAUAAGUACCACAGACCCGCGCCGGGCAUACGAUACAUACCAGACGAUGACUAUUCAACUAUCUAUGAGGCAAUCUAUUACGAUGACAAGCAGUUCCCAAAUCGUAAGCUUAAGAAAAGAAGGCGAAAACCACCGAAGCCCUCUGGAAGACCCAAGCCCACUACAAAACGAACCAAGCGUACUACAAGACGACCAAAAACCACAACAGAAGAACCUCGUAAAACUUAUGUUGUAAAUAAUAGUAUUGGUGCUGAAUUUAAUUUGAAAAUUGAAGGUGAAAACAAGGAUGAUGUUGAUAAUGAAAAUAGUGAAGAUAGAGAAUUAUUGAUGGCUUUGUUACAGCAAAACGGGGAGUUUAUAUUUUAAGAGCCGAUUUUUCAAUCCUUGGUUAAAAUUCUUCU